AGCAUCACUCCUCCAGUGGAUAUAAAUGUUCUCCCUCACAGAGGGCUCAGGCUAAGUGUUUCUCGUUUCCUUAUCUAAAAGGAUCUCUAUCCUGCUUUAACGAGGCACUUGACCUCCCUCGGCGCUCCUCUUCUCCCUGGGUGACGCAAAAAAAAGUGGGCUGGCGAAGCGCUAAGUGCAGUAUAGUUUAGAGGACUAUCGGAGCGCACCGAAACAUCACUAGUCAAGCAGACUUCAUUUAGAGCGCUUAUGUCGGUUCAGCCGUCUCUCUCGGAUGUUAGAGCCUACCAAUGCAAAUACCUCGGCGGAGAUACCGGGAUGUGUACGGAUGUGUGUGAGAAAAAGACAACACUGACUUUUUCCUCAAACUUUAGCAACCUCCUCCAUUCAGUAAGUUGAGAGGUGGAUGAAACUUUUUUUUCUUUGUGAAUGAGUGUCCAGCCGCUGGCUGCCACAUCUGGACUCGUCGGAGCUGUCAAGCCAACGUUCAGCCGGACCUUACCUGACCCCCCCACCCCCCUCUUCACUUUUGUCCUCCUUGAACUUUUAAGGCGGAAUACUGGACUUUAAACUAGUGUCUCUUUAUUUUAUUUUUUUAAACUUUUUUUUUUUCUUCUUUUUUCUUUAUAAUUACAAGGCACAAAAUGGAACACUCAGUCCUCAGAAUAACAUGCGUCUUAAUGGUGGUUAUCUGUCUCUUGGAUAAAAGGGUAGACUCCAAUGAAAUCUUGGGCCUGAAGCUCCCCAACAUUGACCCAAUCCUGAAUGCCAACACGGUGUGUCUCACACUACCUGGGUUGACGCGGCGCCAGCUGGAGGUGUGCAUGCGGAACCCAGACGUGACGGCUUCAGCAAUCCAGGGAAUCCAGAUUGCCAUCCAUGAGUGCCAGCACCAGUUCAGAGGGCACCGCUGGAACUGCUCCAGCCUGGAGACUCGGAACAAAAUACCCUAUGACAGCAUAGUCUUUAAAAGAGGUUUCAGAGAGAGUGCCUUUGCGUAUGCCAUCGCAGCAGCAGGCGUGGUGCACGCAGUGGCCAACGCCUGCUCCAUGGGCAAACUGAAAGCAUGCAGCUGUGACGAGAAGCGACGUGGGGACGAGGAGGCCUUUCGCAUCAAACUGCACCGUUUGCAACUGGAGGCCAUCCACCGGGGGAAGGGUAUGGUACACGGCGUCAUGGAGCACUUCCCUGCCGACUUGCCGGGACCCCAGGACUCCUGGGAGUGGGGCGGCUGCAGCCCUGAUGUGGAAUUUGGCGAGAAGUUCUCGAGGGACUUCUUGGAUGCACGCGAAACCUACAAGGACAUCCAUGCCCGUAUGAGGCUGCAUAAUAACAGAGUUGGGAGACAGGUGGUGCUCGACCACAUGAGAAGGAAAUGCAAGUGCCACGGGACGUCGGGGAGCUGCCAGCUGAAGACCUGCUGGCAGGUCACCCCAGAGUUCCGGGUGGUGGGCUCAAUCCUCAAAGAGCGCUUCCACAUCGCCACGCUUAUCAAGGCUCACAACCGAAACACCGGACAACUCGACCACUCCAACCACAACAACAACAACCACCACAACCACCAUAACCAUCACAAUCACCACCACCAUCAUCAGAACAACCACCACAAUCACCACCACCAUACACAUCGGCGGCGACCAAGCAUCAACGAACUGGUCUACUUUGAAAAGUCGCCAGAUUUCUGCGAGCGGGACCUGGGGUCGGACUCGGUGGGCACGCAGGGCCGGAUCUGCAACAAGACCAGCCCCGGCAUGGACAACUGUGAGAGCCUGUGCUGCGGGAGAGGCCACAACAUCCUGCAGCAGACGCGGAGCGAACGCUGCAACUGCAAGUUUCACUGGUGCUGCUACGUGGUGUGCGAAGAGUGCAGGAUAACAGAGUGGGUCAGUGUCUGUAAAUGAAGAAACACACACUAAAAGACUGUACACAAUAAAGAAAACAAAGAAAAAGAGACUUUUAAUAAAAAAUCAAGACUAUUAAUUUGAAAGGGGAAUAUGACUGUAAUAUAUGUGCCCCAUACCUUUUUGCGGUGGACUGCUAUUUUCCAGAAGAGCGAGGACAGAGUGUUAAAGCAGUUGAGCCAGCUGAAAGAUAGAUGUGCAUGUUGGUAGAGAGUGUGCACAUGCGGGAUAUGUCUAAAGCUGCCACAACUCAAAGAGCUUGGAUUUUAACUGGCUUCCUUUUGAGACAAAGGGACAUAAUUAAAUCAGAUACAUAUCUGAAAGCUCUGAAUAUGACAUCUGGGCUCAAACAACAAAAUAUUGUUGUUUCAUCAGUGUAUGUUGACUGACAUACAGCUGCAUGAGAUUCAGGUGAGCAAAGAGGAAGCUGAGAGUAAGCAGUAGAUUGCAUGCAGAAAGAAAAUAAUAUUGCUUCAUAGCACAAGCAGUAUAUAAAGUGGAAAGGCUGAUAAAAAAAUAAUAAUAUAUAAACCUUUUCACACAUCAGGA